ACAGCACUGCAACACCGCCUCCUCCUCUGGGACUGCCCCUCCGAAUGCGAUUACUCCUGCCAACAUGUCGUCACUGACAAACGCCUCGCGCGCGAACCUCCCUACCGCGAACCCGUCCUUCAAUUCCAUGGCAAAUGGCCUUUCUACCGUUUCCUAGGCAUGCAAGAGCCAUUCUCUGUCAUCUUCUCACUGCUCAACUUCCUGGCUCAUGACCAUGGCAUGAAAGUGCUGCGUGAGAAGGUCCCGGCCAGCUACCCACUCCGCAAAUUUUACUUGGGUUUUGGGUAUUUCGGACUCGCAAGCUGGAUCUUCAGUUGUAUAUUCCACACCAGAGACUUCAGCCUUACAGAAAAGUUAGAUUACUUCGGUGCUGGUGCGUCUGUCAUGUAUGGAAUGUUUCUCUCGGUGGUGAGGGUAUUCCGUCUGGACAAGGAUACACCAAAACGUUCUAGUGUUCUCAGAGCUUGGAUUUUGCUGUGUAUUACGCUUUACCUGGCGCACAUCUGCUAUUUAUCUUUCUGGCGUUUCGACUAUACUUACAACAUGGCCGCAAACGUCGUCGUUGGGAUCAUCCAGAACAUCAUCUGGAGCGGGUUCAGUAUCAGCAGAUACCAGAAGACAAAAAGAACGUGGGCGGCUUGGCCUGGUAUGAUUGUCGCAUGGGUUAUUCUGGCAAUGAGUCUGGAGCUGUUCGACUUCCCGCCUUGGUGGGGUGCCAUUGAUGCGCAUAGCUUGUGGCAUUUGAUGACCGUGUUCCCGACACUUUGGUGGUAUAGCUUCUUGAUCAAGGAUGCGCAGGAGGAUUUGCAAGGUCUUCGUCUCAAGGCGUAG